CUCAUAGGUUUUUUAAACAGUCUGUUAUUUUCUAUAUAUGGUGUUCCCUCAUCCACCACAAUGGAAGGCAAUAAGUAGUUCAGACCAGGGUGGAUACUGCUUUUAUCUACUAACUUAACUACUCAACAACCGGCAGGAAAUAUAAUACAUCUCGUCGACUAGGUGGUGAGCACAUCCAACACUUCUAUUGUUUGCCACCAACGUUACAUCCAACUCGACCCUAACUUAAUGAAUUGCCUGCACACGGGAUGAUGAAAUCUGAACCUUUAAAUAUGAAACUGAGAAAAAUAUAGCCAGAGAUGGGAGUUUCGCUCAGGUAUGAACCAACGUCUAUCAGAGCCGCCUGAGACUUCCGAGUUUGGAAACGAAACCAGGCUGCCAGACUUGUUACGCGCUCAAAUCAGGACAUUUUAAGUUACAGUCGUCGUUUGGAGGGAAGAUUUCCUGACAGUCUGAUUCAGCAUGUCAGCCAUAGACACGGUGAGACGUAAUAAAACAGUCAUUCAGGAGAUUUUGUGCGGAGACCGCAGGCUAAUCCUCAACAAAGUUCGUGAAAGAAGCCUGAUAACAAAACGUGAGUACAACAACCUUAAAAGUAUCAACAAAGAAGAUGAAGAGGGGCACGUCGUUGAGCUUGUGGAUAAGAUAAUGAAUAAAGGAGAGGACACGUGCCAAGGCUUCCUGGACCUCCUUCAAACUGAUGAGGACAUUAAAUCAACUUACCCAGAGCUGAAGAAAAUACAUUUGAAGGCCCCCUGCCUUUUAUCAAAACCUAUCCAAGCUUGUUCAAGUGAAAUCAACAUAGAUGAGAGCCAGAGAGGAAAGGAGGACAAUCAGUAUCCGUUGAACAGCGAGCCUACCGGCCUCUGUGUGAUCAUAAACAAUGAGAAUUUCACACAAAGCACAACGAGAAGUGGAACCGACAAAGAUACUCAAAGUUUGGCAGAGGUGUUCAGUUGGCUGGGGUUCAGAGUGCUGAUGUGUAAAGACCUAACCAAGGACCAGAUGGAUCGGGCACUGAAAUGCUUUGCUUCUGUGAGCAGCCUCUCACAGCUACAGGAGUUCAGUGUUAAGGAGUGGAACAGUAUCGGAUUCACUGAUCUUCAGGCGGCUCCUAAGCAUGGCGAUGCCUUUAUCUGCUGUAUUCUGAGUCACGGAGAAAAGGGUGCAGUCUUGGGCUGUGAUGGGCAGGCCCUCUCCAUUAAACAAAUAACCCAAACUUUCAAAGCGUCUGACCAGUCAACCCUCACCGGCAAGCCAAAAGUGUUCCUUAUCCAGGCCUGCCAAGGAAGCCAGCGACAGGCUAGAGUGUUAUUCGAAGAUCUACAGGCUGAUGGUUAUUCACUGUCCAUCCCUGAGGAAGCUGAUGUUCUGGUUGCCAUUGCCACUGUUGAAGACUGCGUAUCAUUUAGACACAUAAAACAUGGAAGCUGGUUUAUCCAGUCUGUGUGUCAGCACCUAAAGGAGGGCUGUCCGAGGGGUGAAGACAUCACCACCAUCCUCCACCGCGUGAAUAAUGAAGUAGCCCAGAAAGAGACAGCCAUUGCACGUGGAAUUGCAAAGCAGAUGCCUGAAGUUAGGUUCACCCUGAGGAAGAACCUUGUGUUGUCACCACAUUGAAAAUGAAGCUUUUUUUAAUCAUUACACAUCACACAUCAUUGUCUUUUAUAUCAAUUUUAUAUCACAUAUUUUUGUCGCUGAGUAAACCUGUUUUUGUUGUGGGUCCAGAUUAACAUAAAGUUAAGGGAGUUUAUGUUAAACUGUUAUGUCCUUUACCUGAGCUUCUACAAACAAAAGCCCUAAAUGCAAAUACUGGUUACAUUGACAUAGCAAAUUAGUUCCUAAUAUAAAAGGAAUUUUUAUUGCCUAUGCAUAUGUAUACUUAGGUUUGAACACUGUUCCUAAAGAAAUAUUUUUUGCCUUUAAGUAAGUUAUUCCUCUUUUUAUAUUCAAACACAACCAGUAAAGCUUUAGUACAUUUAUGAAAAAUGUAAAAUAGAUGCAAAAGAGAUUGUAACCAAAAAGUGCAUGCUAAAGAGAAAAACCAUUUGAGGACUGUAGUUAAAAAGAGCCAUCUGCCUAUGAAUGUGUGUUGCCCUUAUUAAUAAAGAUCUGAAAUGAAA